CUUUAGUUCUUAGUAAGCCACUUCCAAGAUGAGAGUCCCACUAAUAGAUUUCUUGAGAUUCUUAGUAGUCAUUCUUUCUAUUAGUGGUGCUUUAGUUUCUGCAAAUGCGACGGUGAAGCAACACUUUAAUAGAUAUGAGACUACAAGUUAUGGUUAUGGUGCUCCACCUAGCUACCCAACACCACCAACACCAAGUUACAGUCCUCCGAUACAUCCACCACCAAUACAGAAGCCUCCCACACCAAUUUACAGUCCUCCAGUCAAACCGCCACCCGUACACAAGCCUCCAACACCAACUUACAGUCCUCCGAUCAAACCACCACCCGUACAUAAACCUCCAACACCAACUUACAGUCCUCCGAUCAAACCACCACCCGUGCAUAAACCUCCAACACCUACUUACAGUCCUCCGAUCAAGCCACCACCGGUACACAAGCCUCCAACACCAAUUUACAGUCCUCCAAUAAAGCCACCACCAGUGCAUAAACCUCCAACACCAACUUACAGUCCACCUGUCAAGCCACCCCCUAUUCAAAAGCCUCCUCCUAUUAAGCCACCACCAGUGCAGAAACCUCCGACACCAACUUACAGUCCACCUGUUAAGCCACCCCCAAUUCAAAAGCCUCCCCCUAUUAAGCCACCACCAAUACAGAAGCCUCCGACACCAACUUACAGUCCACCUGUCAAGCCACCCCCAGUGCAAAAGCCUCCACCUAUAAAGCCACCACCGGUACAUAAGCCUCCAACACCAACUUACAGUCCACCUGUCAAGCCACCCCCAGUUCAAAAGCCACCACCAGUACAUAAGCCUCCAACACCAACUUACAGUCCACCUGUCAAGCCACCCCCAGUUCAAAAGCCUCCCCCUAUAAAGCCACCACCAGUCCAUAGGCCUCCUACACCAACGUACAGUCCACCUAUCAAGCCACCCCCAGUUCAAAAGCCUCCGCCUAUAAAGCCACCACCGAUGCAGAAGCCUCCAACACCAACAUAUAGUCCACCUGUUAAACCACCACCAGUGCAGAAGCCUCCAACACCAACUUACAGUCCACCAAUAAAACCACCCCCAAUUCAAAAACCUCCCCCUAUUAAGCCACCACCAGUGCAGAAGCCUCCAACACCAACUUAUAGUCCUCCGAUUAAGCCACCUCCAAUUCAAAAGCCGCCCCCUAUUAAGCCACCACCAGUGCAAGAGCCUCCGACACCAACUUACAGUCCACCUGUCAAACCACCUCCAGCUCAAAAGCCUCCCCCGAUAAAACCACCACCAGUGCAAAAACCUCCAACACCAACCUAUAGCCCUCCUGUAAAACCACCACCAGUGCCAUUGCCACCAACUUAUAGUCCUCCUAUAAAACCACCACCAAUACAAGUGCCACCAACACCAACUUAUAGUCCUCCGAUAAAACCACCACCAAUACCUCCAACACCAACUACUCCAUCACCUCCACGAGGUGGAUACGGCACUCCUCCUCCUUACGCAUAUCUAUUACAUCCUAUAGACGCAACCAAUUAGGGAAUCGAGUUACCAUACAUAUAAUUCCUCGAGGAUCGCCAAGAGAAAUGUAUGUUAAAGCUACAUAUGGUGCUGCAUAUUAUGCAGUAUAAUAAAUAAAGUUUUCUAAUUGGUUGUUCAUAUAUAUGUUACAAUCGAGUUCGUUCGUGAUACCUUUAAAUUGUAUGUCAUACUUUGAGUUAAAGUGUUAUCUAUGUUUGCAUUUUCUAAAA